CGUAAUUAUUUCCCUCCAAAUUAAUUAUAAAAAGAGGGGUUGGAACCAUUCUGUUCUAAUCUCCUCAAGAAUCUCAAAAUCCAAUUUUUUUUAAUUUUGUUCAAGAAAUGGGUUUACCCAAUCUUGUCUGGAUCAUCUUUUUCCUAUCGAUUCUUGCUUCUUCUUCUGCUGAAAGAGCGCCGUACACCUCCUUCGCGAGAGAAGCCACGUCAGCGCCGGCGGCGGAGUACUACGACUACAUAAUAAUAGGCGGCGGCACGGCGGGUUGCGCCAUGGCGGCGACGCUCUCCGCCGCCGCGAAAGUUCUCCUUCUGGAGAGAGGCGGCUUGCCGUACAACAACCCGAAUGUUUCCAACAUCGCCGGAUUUCCAUUAACGCUGGCGGACACUUCCCGGAGCUCGCCGGCGCAGCUGUUCGUAUCCACCGACGGCGUCUUCAACCACCGCGCUAGAAUCCUCGGCGGCGGCUCAGCCAUCAACGCCGGCUUCUUCACCCGCGCCAGCUCCCAGUUCAUCGAGCAAGUCGGCUGGGACCCUCGGCUCGUCAACGAAUCCUACGCCUGGGUCGAGGACAAAGUCGCGUUCCAGCCGCGGCUCCGCCAGUGGCAGGCGGCUGUGCGCGACGGCUUGCUCGAGUCGAGAAUCUGGCCGUGGAGAGGCUUCACGUACGAGCAUCUACAUGGCACCAAAAUCGGCGGCUCGAUUUUCGACGACUUGGGCCGCCGCCACACCGCCGCCGAUCUCCUCGAAUACGCCGAGCCGACCAACAUCCGCGUGCUCCUCCACGCGACGGUCCAAAGAAUCAUCUUCAGAACCCGGCCGGGCCGGGCCCCCAAGGCCCACGGCGUGUUCUACCGGGACGGCUCGCAUCGGCGCCACUGGGCGCUUCUGAGGAGCAGCGCGAAGAGUGAGAUUAUUUUGUGCGCCGGCGCGCUGGGCAGCCCGCAGAUGCUGAUGCUGAGCGGGAUCGGGCCCGCCCGACAUCUGCUCCGGCAAGGAAUUCCGGUGAUUUUGGACCAUCCGAUGGUCGGGCAGGGGAUGUCCGACAACCCGAUGAACGCCGUCAUAGUUCCGUCGCCCCGGCCGGUGGAGAUAUCGCUGAUUCAGGUCGUCGGAAUUACAAAUUCCGGCAGCUACGUGGAAGCCGCCAGCGGUUUCUUGGAGCUCGCUUGGUUUCAUCGAAUUGCUCAACGAUACGCUGAAAUAGUUAAUCGGACAAUUCCGCCGUACGAAUCUCCCGGAAACGGGACUAACUCAAACGGCGGCGGGAUGGGCAUAUCACAGCUGUACCAGGACCCGACCGUCCAGGCCGGGUUGAUUCUCGAGAAAAUAAUGGGGCCGUACUCGACGGGGCAUCUGGAGCUCGUGAGCCGGGACCCGGGGGAAAAUCCGAGGGUAACGUUCAACUACUUCCAGGACCGGAGAGACGUGGAGAGGUGCGUCCAGGGUAUGGAGGUGAUCCGCCGGGUCGUCGAGUCGAGGGCAGUUUCGCCAUUUCGCUACCCCUUCACGUCAUUCCGGAGCUUUAUCAAUCUCAUGCUGUCCUUUCCCAACAAUCUCCGGCGCCGCCACCUCACGGCGGCGUAUUCGCUGGAGCAGUUCUGCCGGGACACUGUAAUGACCAUCUGGCAUUACCACGGCGGCUGCCACGUCAACCGCGUCGUCGACGGCGAUUAUAAGGUCAUCGGCGUCGAUGCGCUGCGCGUCGUCGACGGAUCGACGUUCGCCAGCUCCCCCGGAACUAAUCCUCAGGCCACCGUAAUGAUGCUCGGAAGGUACAUGGGACAGAAAAUCUUGCAGGGACGAUCGGAAAGUUAGUGUGGUCGCCGGCGCCGGAGAUGGAUGUAAUUGUUGAGUUCUUUUGCUAUUUAAGUGUUAGUUUGUCCGUCGUCAAAUUUAUUUUCACUUUCUUUUUUAGGUUGUCUGUUAAAUUUAUCAUAUUACUAAUUUUGACAAAG